CAGUCAGAAAGUUGUAAUAAGUAUGAGGGCCGUCAUCCCACUGCUGGUGCUGCUGUUCUCCAUGUGUGGAGCUCAGACUCAGAGCACCCAGACUGAAGUUCAGACAGAGAGCCAGAGCACUGGGGCUGCUGCUGCUGCUGUGGUCACUACCACGCUGGACGUCGCUACUGAGCUUGCUCGACUCAGAGACACCGUUGAUGAGCUCGGAACCACAGUGGUGGAGCUGAGAGUGACUCUGACCUUCACCCAGAAUGAGCUACAGAACACCAAAUCACUGCUGUACACAGUGGAGGAUGAGAACAAUGCUCAGGAGACAAAGCUGGCCGUUAUGAAGACAGAGAUAGAGAAUCUGAAGAUGGAAAACACAGCACAAGAGACAGAACUGGCAGUGAUGAAGGAACGACUGGUGGCCAGUGAGACUAAAGUGGACGCUCUGGAAAGGGUGAAUGCAGCACAAGAGGCAGAACUGACAGCAGUGAAGACUGAAGUGAUGAACCUGAUCAAGGCAAAUGCAGCACAAGAGACAGAGAUGGUCAAACUGAAGAUGGAAACUGCAGCACAAGAGACCAGACUGUCUGCCAGUGAGACUGAGGUGGAGAACCUGAAGAUGGAAACUGCAGUACAGCCCAAGGUGGCAUUCUCAGCAGGUCUGACUGACUCAGGAAACAUAGAGUCUGGGAAUACUGACCUGAACUUGGUCUUCACUAAAAUCAUCACCAAUGUUGGACAGGCCUACAGCAGCACAACAGGUUUCUUCACAGCUCCAGUCAGGGGAGUCUACUACUUCAGAUUCACUGUCAUGGAUCACCUAACUUCACGCUUUAUGUUCAUCAGGAUGUAUAAGAAUGGAGAGCAGAUCAUGCAGUUAGUGGAGUAUGAUGCUGAUGGACAGGCCACCUAUCUGUCCAGUGGUGCUACUCUGCAGCUGGAGGAGGGAGACGUAGUUAACAUGCGACUCCCUACAGGAGGCUACAGGCUCUAUGAUGAUGUUAAUAAUCUCAGCACCUUCAGUGGCUUCCUGCUGUUUCCUCUCUGA